UACAAUGGAUCUCAAGAAAGUGGACGAAGUAAUUCACACGGCCGAAAACAUCGUUCUAAAAUGGCUCUUACUAGACGUGCGAUGGGUAACGGCAUCAAGAAAGGUGCCAGUAAAUCAGUUAACAUACCUCCAAGGCAAACCGAGGCAGUUCUUGACUCAUCAAGGCACGUUGUCUCGUACUCGUACCAUCGAACACAUGCCGUUAUUGUCGAAUAUACACCCGACCCAUCGAAAGAUAUGUUCCAGGUUGGUCGUUCUUCCGAGGAACAAAUCGAUUUUACAAUUGUCGAUACGUGGCUAGCUGCUGGUUCAAAUAUUGUCCUCUCUCCAGCAGGCAACAGUUUGGCGGCGCAGCGUAUGCUUCGUACACCGAACGGAGUUGAUGUGAUAGGUCAACGACCAAUAUCGUCGACGAUCAGUCGAUAUGCUUGUCGAAUAAUAAUUGAUCGUGAUCAGCCGCAUACGGCACGCCUUUAUGCAGCCGGUUUCGACACUUCCAGAAAUAUUUUCCUUGGUGUUAGUUUUGGCUUUCGUCGCUUGAAUCGUGCUCUUCUUAAAAUCCCUUGUGGAUUCUUUCCAAUAAGUUAUUCUUGA